GCAACAGGUGGCAGCCACCUGGGGGCUACCAAUGUCCAUAUCAGAGCAGGAUUGAGUUUCCAAGAGUCAGAGUUCAUAUUCCUCUUCUUCGAUCCUGUGAAAAAUUAGCUGAGAAGUUUGACAGGUUCGACAUCUAGAACUGUUGGCGUCUCGUAUCCCAUUGCUGGAGAAGGAAGUUACGCUGCAGAGACUGUCAAGUAUCAAGUGCAGAGGCUGCAGUGGAAGAUUCAGAUUCAGUACGUGGGAAUUGGGGGUUUCAGGACAGGAAGUCGAGUGUCGAGUGAGCAGGAAAGAGGCGCUCAGGAGUGUACGUAAAUGGCUGAAGUCCCACCACCUCCGAAGGGAUGGAAAGUCGAAUACGCAAAGUCUGGAAGGGCAAUGUGCAAAACUUGCGACACUGCUAUCGCUAAGGAUUGUCUGCGCAUUGCGAAAGUAGAGAAAUCCUUCCAAUAUGAUGGAUUGAUGAUGUUGUGGCACCAUAUGGAUUGUAUCCAAAGCAAGCCCGGGAUUCUUAAGUCGUUGGAUGAUAUAGAGGGAGUAGAUGAUAUUCGUUUGGAGGAUAGCCAGAAGCUGAAGAAAUAUGUUGAAGAUGGAGGAGAGGUCGAGGAAGCGGAAGUCGAAGAGGAUCCAGCACCUGGAGAUGGAGAAUACGCCUGCGAAAUUUCAAAAAGUUCGAGAGCUGCGUGCAAGUCUUGCAAAGAGAAAAUCAGCAAAGGAGAAGUACGCGUUUCAACAAUUGUGGAAACUGGAAGAUUUGGCAAAGUUCCUGCCUGGAGGCAUGCGAAAUGUUUCGUUGAACUCGGAUGGUGGAAGGAACCCAUAGAGGACUUGCCUGGCUGGGAGAAUAUUGGUGCUGACAACCAAAAGCAAAUACAUGAUCUUGUUAAGACUGGCAACAUGAAGAGGUAAAUAUUUAGCAUAUUCCAAGAGUCAUCACAAGUGGGGUUUCCGGUUAAUAGGAGUUUUCCCUUCUACAUCAUGUACGGCUCCUAGUCUCUACCCAAACCUUGAAUAGAGGUCUCUUUUCAAUUGGAAAGGAAGUAUGUAAACAUCAAUGAUGUGAUUAGACCUUCCCGUCGAAAUGAAUAAAACGUUACAUGUACUGCAACAUUUGAGCAUUGUAAGGUAUCUUCUCGAUAUUCUGAUGAAAUACUACUGCUGUCCCCAACCCUAAAUUUACUUUUAGACUUUUCAGCAUGCUAAAAAAACAAAGUAGAUAAUUUUGCUCUUUGAGAUUGAUAUCACUCUGCCAGCUAUGAUUACCAAGUACAUGUUGAGUUGU